AUGUUAAAACCAAGCGCGUAUGAUCCGCUAGAAGUUGAAGAAGAAAUUCCAGACAACCUCCGAUUCGAGCCAGUUAUCGGAAGCUGUGAACUAUCAGAGCACUUCGAAAAAGUCGACUGCGACAGGUGCGGCGAUUUCGUGGCGCUCUUCAAAUGUAAGGAAUGCGGGAUUUCGGCCGCAAAAAUCAAACGAAAAGUCAGGAGGAAAUCUGGAAGCGAUUCUGAGGAAGCAUUUGAAGUAAAAGAAGUGUGCGAGGAGGCGCUGCCGCUGAAUUUGUGCGAAGAUUGCUCAGAGGAAAUUCAUAAGGCCCUGAAGGAGAACGAGCAGCACAAUAUCGAGUCUACAAUCAAAUUGACUGGAGAAAACUUGAGAGACGAAGCUGCCAAGUAUCUCUAUCCAGCUGUCGACAUCCACUCAAAGUAUCUCGAAACGAUUCUUGAAUUCGAGCCUCGAUGGACGAAGGAAACUAUGCAAGUCGUCUACAGAAAUAGAGAGGAAGUGAUGAAUGCCUUUGAUAAGAGUCUUGACGCCUGGGUGAAGCAAUCAAUUUCAGACAUCGAGAGAGCCUGCGACCAAAAAUACGAAGAAUUCAAGACUCUGAAUGAGCACGCCGCUUCUGCUGACAUUUAUCUUGGAAAAUUAAGACGCUUUCAAUCAGGAUACGGAGACAGUAGCGAAGAUGAAGAUUUAAAGAAGGACGAAAAAGCGUACGAAAGAUACCUCGAAGCGAAAGUUCUCAGCCACGCUACUGAGAUCAACCACUACACUCCCACCGUCGGACCGUUGUUCAGAUGGGAGGGAUUUGGAGAGCGCUUGAAAAUUCUAGCAAGACAAAGCAUGAACACAGAAAUUGUCUACGAUACAAUUGACAUCUUUCAAAUUAUUAACAAGGGAAUCAAACGCGAAGACAAGAAUUACGCAGAUGAGAUUAAGAUGGAGCAGAUCGAGCCUGGUCAGACAAAGGUUUACGACAUGGAGGAGGUUCUCGGAGAUCAUCAGCACAUCAAGCUCUUCUGUUUUCCGAUGCUGCUCUUUCCUCGACCAGGCUACUUUGACAUGGGAGCCAAGAUCAAGCGCCAGCUGGAGAUAGUCAUCACCACUGCUUGCAAGACAGGCAAACUACGGAAGCUUUACGACCCAGACAGUUUGGUCCAUCAAAUUGGAGUACAUUACAAGAACGGAAUCGGCCGCCGUUUCAUCAUCCGUAGAGUGCAUGAUCAAAUUUACCCGGCGCUGAAUUCUGAAGAUUGGUACAGAAUCGACAUUCGAGGAUGGGGACUUCACACGGAGGAAGACUUCAAAGAGCGACUGGAGCGUUUCAAGAUGCAAAUAGAAUGCCUCAAAGAAGAAAUAUUCGACAACGCAAGAGAGAAAAAGAAGUUGGUCGACCCGUUCAAUCAGAACAUUUUGAAAGAAGAUCCUACGCGCGUUAAGUCGGAAAAAGAACUCGAGAAAGAAAAACGGAAGAAACGAGGAUUCGAAAUUGUUGAGAAUGGCACAGAAAUGCCGAAUUUUAUCGUCAGAAUGAGGAACAGACAGUGCUAUGCGCUCAUGCUGGCGCUGUUGAAGAAGGGACAGGACAGAGUCGAGUUCGAAAAAGACGGAGAAACUCUAGUCACAGAAGGGCCAUGCGCAGGCUGGGUGUGGAAGACUCCGACUUCGAUGGUGAUGUAUUACGUCGACUACUUCGAAAUGGCUCCAAUCGAGAUCCAGAUGGACGCAAGAGACCCUUUCGCUGCCAUCGGUGGUCGCUUCUUUUAUUUCGAUGGCUUGCUCAAGGAGAUCAAGGUUUGCCCGCUUGUCCUUGAAGGCUGGAUAGAUCUACGCCAGCUUCGCACGACGAAAGAGAGGCUCUCCUGCCGCCUCUUGUCGGAAAGAGUGCGAGACAGCGACAUCCGACUAUUAAUGCGCAACUGGAUGGAGCGAAUAAAGAAUUUCGACAUCCAGUUUGUGAAGCAAAUUUACCCGAGAAACGAGAAUGCGUGGUUUGUAAAGGUUCAGCUCCAAGGCAGCGAAGAAGACGAUUACAUGAAGAAGCUAGACUACUUCAUGGUCGGCCACGAGAAAAACUAG